AUGUCCAUGUUUCAUGAAUUUUGGGGAGUAUGCAAGUCGAAGUUAGCUUAUUUACAUCCUCAAACUUCUAAAGCUUUCGUAAGUUUCAUAUCAUUUACUGAUUUCAUUAACAAACGCCUGGCUUUCCUUCAAGGAAAAGUAUCCAAGCACAUUUAUUCAUGUUGUGAAGCAUAUGUGAAAAUACUCAUAAUGUGCCUUAAAGUGUUUUUGGAGAUCUUCAGAUAUUCAAAACUUCCAACCAUAAAUUCAACUCAAUUAAAUUCAUCACAUUGCAAAAAUAUGUGA